CCCUGCCGUUAAUCUUCACCACUUGGUCAGCUUGCUGGCUUUGCAGCUGCCGGUGAUUGUUGCGUAUAUACAAUGUGGCGGCAAUAUAGCAUACCUUAUACAUAUCGAACCCUGAACUACAGCGAGACGAGACUCUAUAACUCAGGCUAUUGUAGAUGCAAUGACGCCUACUCAGGAGCCGUAGAUGGCGGAGUACGGGAAGUUGGAUAUGUGGAUCCGCAGCCGGCCUUCGGCUCCACGCGCAUCUCCCGUACCUCGUGUAACGCAGACAGAGAGUGAAGCAUUAUAUCUGAGACUCUUCGUGGGGCAUGUCAAUACAUCGUCACUUCCAUUCUGGUGAGAUAGAAGGCGCUAUUCAGUUAAGUGUUGUGCUUGCCAGGCUUCACCUUCUACAUCACUCAAUCAUCACGAGCAAGCAAACUUCACAAUACUCCAAAAGACCUCCAACAUGGCACACAUCGGCGCGCUGCCCAAGAUCCACCGCUACAUCACGGCUCAUGAUGAUAAAGGCAAAGCCGUCUUCAGCAAAGCCUUCAACGAGGAAAGCAAGAUGAAGGCCAACGACGACGGCAUCGCCUUCGCUCUCAGCUUCACCACCAAAGGCUUCCCUGUCGAUAUGAACGACGACCAAGAUCUCGAUGUGUACGGCAAUUAUCUCAAGGACGCCCCAGGCCUUGUCGUCUCCGGUGGCACAGUUCUCCGUCACGUCGACAUUCCCCCAGUCACAGCGUGCACGAUGCACCGAACUGUGAGCUUGGACUACGGUUGCGUACUCGAGGGCGAAGUCGAAUGUCUGCUAGACAGCGGCGAGAAGCGGUUGAUGAAGCGGGGCGACGUCGCGAUUCAGCGCGGAACGAUGCAUCAGUGGAUCAACCACAGCAAGACCGACUGGACGCGCAUGUUGUUUGUUCUGCAGGAGUCGAAGCCGCUGAAGCUUGCGGGCGAGACAGUGGGCGAGGAGCUUGCUGGUAUGGCAGGUGUGCGUUCUUCCGAUUGAGUCGUGUGUAGAUGAAGAUGAAGAUGGGAUGGUUCCCUAUCGAUAGCAGAUGUCGCCAAGCCAGCUAGCACUCAAUGUGAUCACUCCCCACGUGCUCCACCCUUUCUUUC